AUGGCUCUCGAGAGUUGCGAUUUGUUUGGCGGUAGCCUGCAUUGGAACGCCGCUGAUUGGACGUCCUCCGACGAUCGCGUUCGCGGCGGGAAGUCUCACUCUUAUUUUGACAUCUCUGAGACGAACCCUGUGGCCCGGUUCUAUGGCAAUCUCGAUAUAAAGACUCUUGGCGGUGCUGGUUUUGCUAGCCAGCGCACAACCGGCGAGAACCGCACCUGGAACAUUGACGGCUACGAUGGGAUCCAAAUCGAGGUCGCCAAGUCUGAUUCCAAGAAGUACACGUUCAAUAUCAAGAACCAGCUUCUGCCGCCGGAUCCUAACACUGGAAGAGAGCAGUCUACCAUUUCCUAUGAGUAUGACUUCUUCGCUCCGUCACCGAACGCUACAGGGGAAACCACAACCAUCUUCAUUCCCUGGAAAGACUUCAAGGCGACGUACAGAGGUCGUGAGGACCCUGAUGCACCUCCUGUCGACCUGACAGACAUCAAGAGGUUUGGCAUUAUGAUGAGAAGCUUCUUCGGGGGCCAGGAGGGGAAUUUCUCGUUGUCGAUCAAGUCCAUCUCGGCUGUUCGCAAGUGUUCCGAAAAUAAGCAACUGUUUGUUUCAGAGAAGGAUGAUGUACAUCCCGGCGAUCUCGAAAAAGGAGUUCAGCCCCGAGAUAUCGAGGCUAGGGCUGUCAGUUCCCCAGCUACGCGCCGGAUGCCGUCACUCUCAAAGGUGAUGUACGGCACCCUGGCUGUGCUACUGGGCAUCUGGGUGCUAUACCCCGGCACGAUCCACUUUGGUUGCCAUGGUCAGACCCCCGGUCACUGA